AGACCGCCUCUACUCCGGACAGCGAAAUGCUCACCAGGCGCCCGCACGGGUCAACCAGAAUGCCCAGAAGUUCAAGGAAAAGAAAUAUCACAGCGAUAACUUUAUUGCUGUUCGGAACUCUUAUUUUGGUCAUUUGUCUCUGUGAAGAUUUUAUUGACCCGCACAUCUUCAGCUUCCAAAUAGAUGUGAGAAAAGAUGACAGUCAAACAAAGCCACCCAUGAAAGUCAACUCCUAUGUAUACUCCUGGCCAAGAUGUCAACAAAAUAUGUCUGCUGCCAACGUCAACGGCUUCAGCUCUCUUCCUGAUGGUGUAAAAGACUUUCUGUACUAUCAACACUGUCGCCAUUUCCCCAUGUUACUGGACCUUCCUGACAAAUGUGGAGGAGCGGAUAAGUCAGCAGAAGUCUUCCUUCUACUGGUCAUUAAAAGCUCCCCUGUGAACUACGAACGCCGAGAGGUGCUGCGCAAAACCUGGGCUAAAGACAGGUUAUACAAUGGCGUGUGGAUCCGGAGGAUCUUCAUCUCAGGAACGAUGGAUUCUGGUUUUGAGAAAGAAAGACUGAACAAACUACUUGAACUGGAGCAGCAUGAGCACAAUGACAUCCUACAAUGGGACUUUCAUGACACGUUCUUCAACCUCACCCUGAAGCAGAUACUCUUCCUAGAAUGGAUGGAAAGAAACUGUCCGAACGCUCGCUUCCUGCUAAACGGUGAUGAUGACGUUUUUGCCAACACAGACAACAUGGUCACGUAUCUCCAAAGCCUCAAGGACAACGAUGGAAGCAAACACCUCUUUGCCGGCCAUUUGAUCCAGAAUCAGGGGCCUGUUCGUUGGGCAGGGAGCAAGUACUAUGUCCCAGUUCAGGUGCAGAAGUCAGAUUCAUACCCCCCCUACUGUGGUGGUGGGGGCUUCCUCCUGUCUGGCUAUACAGCUUUUGUUAUAUACAAUAUGUCCCAGUCCAUUCCCAUUCAUCCCAUAGAUGAUGUUUACAUGGGGAUGUGUCUGGCCAAAGCAGGACUAAGUCCUGUUUCCCAUUUGGGUGUGAGGACACUGGGAUGGCACAUUCCCUCCAGCAAAGUAGAUGGAUAUGAUCCUUGUUUUUAUAAAGAAGUUCUACUGGUACACAGAUUCCUUCCAGCUCAGAUGUAUCUUGUGUGGCACAGAAUACAUGACCGCAAUCUGAAAUGUGGUGGCUCAAUGAUUUCAAACUGUAAUUUCUAGGUGGUAAAAGAGCAUGUUGGCACUUUGCUUCCUGCACACGCUCUUAGGUUGUGAGAGCAGACAUGACCUUUAUUCUAUCAUGUGACUCCGUGGGUGGACUUUUCCUGUAAUGAUGAAUUGGGAAAGUGUGUGUUGUGUGUCUGUAUAACAGCUGUCAGCUUGGUGUUGUGUCAUUGUUGUGAAUAGGGCUGGGUAUUGAUCUGCAAUUCUCUCUGACUUUGGACUGAAUCAUGGCCCCCCACACUGUCCCAAAAACUGUCAACUACCAAAAUUGGAACUAAAUACUUCUUACUCAUGUUUGCUUAUUUAUGAGAUACUUUUAUGCUUUAAAUUAUAAUUUGUUAAUUUUUAUACUGUAUUGAGGAAAAAAGAGCACCCUUAUACAGAAUAGAUUCUCCCAAAAAGAUUUAUUGACUACAAUUACGGUGAAUGAUGUAUUUUUUUAUUAAACUCGAUUAUAGAGCAGUCAUUGGUCCUCUAUCUGUGUAAAUAGAUCUAUCCCAAUUGUCAUAAUUGUACUCAAUGAAUCAUCUUUUCUAAGGCAUCUAUACAGUGAAUGUGCACGUGCACUGAACAAUAGGUGUGGAGUGCUUAUUACAGUAUGAAUAUACAGUAGUUUGCAUUAGUGCUUGGGAACAAAAACAUCAGACUAAACUGUAGCUAUACUAUAGUUUUGUGUGUGUUUUAAAAAUUCUUUUGAGAAAAAUUAUGCAGUUUUGGGAUCAAAUUUAGGAACCGUCUGAUAAUCAACACUGAUGAGAGAUAAGAACCUAAACCAACUCUCAUGUCCUUCCAUAUCAUAAUAUAAGGAAGAACUAAGAAGCUCAGUACAUAUGAUUUCACUCACAAAAUCAUUUAUUGGACAACACCCAGUAUAAACAACAAUGUGGCAAGCUAUCCAUGUUGUUUUUUUUCUGUUUUUUUUCUUUUCUUUGUUUCUUACCACUGUUUGUUUUAAAAGGCACGCAUGGGUAAUUCAGGCUGAGAUUUUUUUUUUUUUUACAGGGAAAAGUUACAGGGAAGGACGUGGGCUGUAAUUUAUAACAUUAUUUAAAUGUUGAGACUGUAAUUUGCAGAAUGUAAUCUUGGGUGUUCUUGAAACUGACCAUCCUGAAGCUCUUUUACAGAGGAUAGGCCGUCAAAAAGUCCAUUGGAGGAGUCUCCCUAAUGAAUUAAAGAGCUAAAAAGACAAGAGAAGUGACAUGCUGGAGGGGGAUUUUCCACAAUCUUGUAACCCAAGAGUUGGUCUUGUUAAUGAUUUAUAACUGAUCUAUAAAGCAUCAGUAAGUGAUGCAUCAACCAUUAUUAAGUCUGUUAAUUACAGAUUAUAAACCUUUCAUAAAUGGUGAGGAGAAAAUUGUCUUGGAAUAAAAGAACGAAAAAGUUGUAAAACAUGCUUGAUGAAUAAAAUCUCGAUAAAACACAUAUUUGCAGAUGGGACCUUAAAUAAAAAUAAACUCCAACACAGUACUCACAAACAUGACAGAGUCUACAACCGUGCUAGCAGCUCUGUGAGGCUAUAUACACUAAUGUCAUCUGGUCACGAUUACAGCAGGUAAGCAGGUAUGUUUUACUGUCACAGUUCAUUCAUUCAUUCAUUCCCUAAUCAGCUUGUUCCUUGUAUACAUACCGGGCCCCUGUACACUAAUUUCCUGCCAGACUGUCUAUUGUUCUUCCUCACCGAAGCUUUCCAGCAGUCUAACCUGUUUUUGCCUGUUUCUGUUUCUGUCAGCCUGUUUUUGGCCUUUUUUUUUUAGUUGCCUUUUGUAUGCUCCUCUUGCCUUUUUAGAUGAUCUAAAUCAUUUUGCAUUUUUAUAUUAUUUUUAGAUUAUCUCCCUUCCUGUUACCAACCCUGUCUGCACCCUGACUACGCCUCCUGUUUGCUUGCCUUGCCUGCUGAUGCCUGUCGAGCCUUAA